AUGUCGGGACAUUUCAUACCGAACGUUGACUCUUCCACACCAUCAUCGUCCCGAUCGCCGAUUCCCAUCCAGACGCCCGCCGACAGUUCCGACGAACGAGACGAUGGAAUCGAGCCAUUCUGGGUUGACGAACCAGAUACGGGAGUCCUUGCCGAGGACCCCCUGAAUGAGACUCGAAAUGAACCAAUUACCUUUAAGCGAAAACAGAAGCGCAACAUGCUCUCGUCGACGGCGCGAUUCUUCUCUGCCUUUACCAACGCUGGCGGGGCUUCCCGCCACCACGACGAGCCGCCGUCACCCUCUCUGAACUCAGCCGACGGCGAUGGAAUCUUACGAGGGAUAGGAGUCCAGGGCUUGGACCAGGACGGGCUCAGAGGCGGCUACCACCCAAAGGAGGAGCCUCCGCUGGAUUGGUACGUGGAGGGCCCAGGAAGACGUGUCGCAUACGAAAACUUGACGGCCAUCGAUUGGAUUUUCGAGUAUACGAAAGAGAGACAGCGGUUACGUGUCUUGAGGUCUAGCGCAAGCGGUCUACUCGGGUACAUACAGCAGCUUCUGGAUGCGAGCCAGGUUUGGGUCAUUCUCAUUCUCACGGGAAUCGCUACUGGAGCCAUCGCUGCCGGUAUUCAGGUGACGACAAGCUGGCUAGGUGAUCUUAAGACUGGCUUCUGCUCCGGUGGUCCGGAUGGUGGAGCAUUCUAUCUGAGCAAGGCAUCAUGUUGCUUGGGGUACGAUCAAGGCUCGAAGUGCCUGGGGUGGACUUCAUGGGGCGAGGCGUUUGGUAUUCACUCCGGUGGCGGUAAAUGGUUUAUAGAAUAUCUUUUCUUCAUUAUAUUUUCAGUUAUUCUUGCAUACUUUGCAUCGGCUUUGGUCAAGGAGUAUGCGAUAUACGCCAAGCACAGCGGUAUACCUGAGAUGAAAACGAUCUUGGGGGGCUUUGUCAUUCGCAAAUUCCUAGGAUUGUGGACGUUGAUCACAAAAUCGAUUGGCCUGUGUCUCGCUGUUGGCUCAGGGAUGUGGCUGGGAAAAGAGGGACCCUUCGUGCAUGUAGCAUGCUGCGUUGCCAACCUAUUCACUAGACCCUUCAGGAAUAUUAGUGAAAACGAAGCGCGUAAGCGUGAGGUCUUGUCUGCUGCAGCCGCCGCAGGCAUUUCAGUCGCUUUCGGCUCACCCAUAGGAGGUGUGCUCUUCAGCCUCGAGCAACUUUCCUACUACUUCCCUGACAAGACCAUGUGGCAGAGCUUCGUGUGCGCCAUGACGGCUGCUGUCGUUCUCCAAGCGCUUGACCCUCUCAGGUCCGGGAAGCUCGUGCUCUUCCAGGUGAAAUAUAACGUGGGCUGGCAUGGCUUUGAGCUUGUCCCUUACGUUAUCCUGGGUGUAUUGGGUGGUAUCUAUGGAGGGCUCUUCAUCAAAGCAAACAUGUUCGUCGCGAGGUGGAAGAAGUCCACGCCGUGGUUACCGUCCGCGAUUACUCAGGUCAUUAUGGUGGCCUUCUUUACAGCCUUGGUCAACUACCCCAAUGUUUACAUGAAGCUUCAGACGUCGGAGUUGGUGUCCAAUCUAUUUACAGAUUGUACUAAGCUUCUCGAGGACGAAAUUGGUCUCUGCAAGACUGGUGCGGCUUCCGCGGGUACUGUUGUACUCCUGAUAUUUGCAGCCAUUCUCGGCUUCGGCCUCGCAGCCAUCACCUUUGGUCUCCAGAUUCCUGCGGGUAUCAUCCUGCCGUCGAUGGCCAUCGGUGCGUUGGUAGGAAGAGCGAUUGGGAUCAUCAUGGAAAUCUUGGUCAACAGCACCCGAGGCUUUAUUCUCUGGGACUCAUGCGAGCCCGACAUCCCCUGCAUCACGCCAGGAACCUACGCCCUCAUCGGAGCCGCGGCGGCCCUGGCCGGCGUCACGCGGCUCACCGUAUCCAUUGUCGUCAUCAUGUUCGAGCUCACCGGAGCGUUAACCUACGUCCUCCCCAUUAUGGUAGCCGUCAUGAUAGCCAAAUGGGUCGGCGACGCCUUCUCCCGCAAAGACAUUUACGAAUCCUGGAUCCACUUCAACGAGUACCCCUUCCUCGACAACAGCGACGAGAUCAUCGUCCCUGACGUCCCCGCCUCGCAAAUCAUGACCCGCAUCGAAGACCUCGUCGUCCUCACUGCCACGGGCCACACCAUCGCCAGUCUCAAAACCAUCCUCGACGCACACCCUUACCGCGGCUUUCCGGUCAUCUCUGAUCCCCGCGACGCCAUCCUCCUCGGCUACAUCUCCCGCACCGAACUCGCCUAUAACCUGCACACCUCCACGCAGGCGCCUCGUUCCUUACCUCCCGAGACGGAGGUCUUCUUCUCACAUCAGGCGCUCGCAGAUCCCCGCACCACGCUGGACCUCCGGCCCUGGAUGGACCAGACUCCGCUUACGUUACCCUCGAGGGCGAGCCUGCAUCUCGCCGUCACGUACUUCCGCAAGCUUGGUUUGCGAUACGUGCUUUUCUGUGACCAGGGCGUCUUGCAGGGUCUCCUGACGAAGAAGGACGUCUGGUACGUCCUCAACGGCGCGGAGGAAACGCGCCGAUCGAGUAGGAUGGACGGACGUGGGGAGUCGCAUGGGGAGGAUGCUGGGGAUAGUGGUGCCGAGGAGGUGGGGUUGUUGGCGGGCGUGGAUGGGUCAAUCAGUCCCGGAGAGGGUGAUGAUGAGAGCAUGUUUUAA